CUCGUCGCACCAAACGCAUCAAAAACACAAAAGAGUUCUUCCUGCCCUGGUUUGGUAGCCAGGCCUUGAAAACCAGGCUCCUCUCGCCAUAGUCAAGGGUCAGCUCGGACAUUUUGCUCGUCCAUGGAAGAAUUGGCUGGCCUUUAUAUUUGGUGGAGUAGUUGGUACCUUCACAUCUCCCUCUCCCUCUCCUUCCUUCCAUCUCUGCUUCUUCUCCGAUCUUGGAUUCAAAGGCGGAGACGAGGUUCCCAAUUCCCAGCUGCUCCUUUCUGCAUUGAUUGAUGUAGUAGCAGGAUGUCGACGGUCCCAUGGUGGUCGGCUCUGCUCCCGGGGUGCUGCAGCAGCGAACACAAGCGCUGGGCCUUCAAAACGACGAAGCCAAUCGAGAAGCAGCCGUCUUUCUCCGACAUCAGCACCUCGAACAGCAUGCUGUCCCCGGAGGAUCUCUCCGUCUCGCUCGUUGGCUCAAACCUCCACGUCUUCACCCUGGCCGAGCUGAAGCUGGCCACCAAGAGCUUCUCGAUGGGUAACUUCCUCGGGGAAGGCGGCUUCGGGCCGGUGUUCAAAGGCUUCAUCGACGAGAAGGUCAAGCCUGGCCUCAAGGCUCAGGCGGUGGCCGUGAAACUCCUCGACUUGGACGGAGGGCAGGGCCACAAGGAGUGGCUGUUCAUGAAACAGGCAGAAGUGCUGGUUCUUGGACGUUUCAGGCAUCCUCACCUUGUCAAAUUGAUCGGUUACUGCUGUGAAGAUGAACAGAGAUUGCUGGUGUACGAAUUCAUGCCCAAGGGAAGCCUGGAAAACCACCUCUUUAAAAGGUUUUUUGAGUCCUUGUCAUGGUUAACAAGAUUAAAGAUUUCCAUCGGAGCAGCCAAGGGAUUAGCUUUCCUCCAUGACACAGAUAAGCCAGUGAUUUACAGAGACUUCAAGGCUUCAAACAUCUUACUAGAUUCUGAUUACAAGGCAAAGCUGUCGGACUUCGGGCUGGCCAAGGACGGCCCUGCGGGAGAUGAAACGCACAUCACCACGCGAGUCAUGGGGACGCACGGCUACGCCGCGCCGGAGUACAUCAUGACCGGACAUUUGACGGCGAAGAGCGACGUGUACAGCUUCGGCGUGGUGAUGCUGGAGCUGCUCACCGGCCGGCGGUGCGUCGACAAGGCGCGGCCGUUUCGGGAGCAGAACCUAGCGGAGUGGGCCAGGCCGUGCUUGAACGACCCCCGGAAGCUGGGCCGCAUCAUGGACCCCAGCCUCGACGGCCAGUACUCCACCGCCGGCGCGCAGAAGGUGGCCGCCCUGGUGCACCAGUGCUUGAGCCAGAGCCCCAAGCGCCGUCCGCACAUGUCGGCCGUCGUCGCGACCCUGGAGCCGCUCCUGGAGCUGGAGGACCUGCCGGUGGCCCCCUUCGUGUACGUCGCCCCGGCAGACGACGACGACGGAGGCGACGAGCUAACAGACAGCAUGAGGGACAACGGGCCCCGGCGUGGACGCCGGCAGAAACUGAGGUCGCCGAGUGAAGGGAAACUCUCCGACGCAGCGCUCUGCAGAGAGGUAGGCAAUCGACUGCGGAGGAACUUGGCAUCGCAGCAGAAGCCGAUGGAUGCAUGAGCGAUCAAGGAAUGGAACCGUGUGGCAUGCAAUUGCUCUGUUAAUCGCCAUGAAUGAAGUAGCAAUCUCUCCAUUGAGGAGACUCGAAUUGAGUGCUCCACAUUUAUACUUUUGUUAAAUGUAAAUGUUUUUAUAUCAUUUUGUGUGAAAUAUAAGUUAAUGAACAACUCAUUGGACAUUAACAAACUGUUUGUUGUUCGGAGAAGAUCAUUGUAUUUUGAGAUACAAUUGUUGUUCGAUUGCAAGCACCUUAGUAAGAUAA